AUGGGUCUACAUGUGCGCACCAUAACACCCUAUGCCCUACCUGGAGUGCUGGCACUCCUUGCCUGUUGGUGGUUCUUCUCACGAAAGAAAGACAAAUGCAGUACUAAACAUGAUCAGAUACCUGCCAGUGCGGAUAAGGUUGAGACAGACUAUGUCUCGGAAGAAAUUCACAGCAGUUCUGGGGCUAAACUUGUGCAGCUGGACAAAGAGGAGGAAAUUUUAUUACAAGAAGACUGCACAUGCUCCUUGUUGGCUGCACAGGAGCCACCUUUGUACAGCCGUGCACAGGAGCCGUUUGUACCUCCAUCUUGCUGCAGGGUUGAGGAUGACUUGGUGAAAGAAUCCCACUUACAAAAUAUAGAAGUGGGCAUCUCGGAGGGAUUUGUUGAUCAGGAAGUUGUUAAAAGUAAAAGUCCUGACCACUUCAGGGCAAACGGAGUAGCUGAAGCCCAGGGAGUAGCUGAAGCCCAGGGAGUAGCUGAAGCCCAGGGAGUAGCUGAAGCCCAGGGAGUAGCUGAAGCCCAGGGAGUGAAGCCCAGGGAGUAGCUGUUUGCACAUCUUCAGUUCUCAGUCAGUCGUUUGAUGGAAAUAAAGCUGCAAAACAUAAUUCUCACACUGCUUUAAAUGAAGUAGCAAACGUUUGCCCAAUAUCCACUGAGCCACCUUGUGGCUGUAGUCAGGCAGGUGAUAUUCUUGAGUUUCCCCCCAAAGUAAUUGAUCAGCAGAGCAGGGUCACUGAGGGUUCUGAGUUGCAAGAAAUAUGUGCUCAGACUGAAGUUCUUGAUACAUCUGAGCAUUAUUUGCCUGUUAAAGAGCAGAUUGUUCAGUUUUAUGUUAAAAGUAAAGCAGUAGAUACAAUGUCACCCCUACAGCCAGCAGAGUCUGUAGAGAGGGGAUUAGUAGCCACAGAAGUAAAACAACAUUUUUCAGAAUUGAUAGUACCAGCAUGUCAUGGCCAAAAUCAAAUUCAGGAAAUCGCCUGUGAUGCCCUUAAUCAGCACAUUGAUGAGGUCUGUGAUCUUGGACCUGGAAAACCAUGCGCUUACAGUGAGGAUAUAACCAGUGCAGUGUCUGCCAAAGAGCUAGAUGUACAGCCCUCUGUGGCUGAAGCACAGGUAGACUGUGCAGGAAGCCAUUUAGUACAGUGCUGCCAGUCCAUAGAUGAUGAAAUAGGAUUAGAAUAUAAAGAUAUUGUUGCACUCUGUGAAACCCAGUCUUUAAAAAGAGUUCCAUCGGAUGCCUUUUCUAAAUGUCUUGAAAGAAAUGAAGAAUAUGAGAAUUCAUGUCCAAUGGUUGAUAGUUCAAAAGAUGCAAAUACUAAAACAUUUUUGGGCGACUAUGAGGCAAACCUAGUUGAACAACUAGCCAUAAACAUAAUUUCAAAAGUGAUUGUAGCUGCUAGACAAGAAAUUUUGUCUAGCUCAGGAAGUGAUGUGUCUGACGGCAGUUGUCAAGUUCUUGAUGAAACUAGGGAUGUGCGAACAAGAGAUCCACAGAGUAAGCAGUUGUUUCAAGAGAGUGACGAGGGUUCGGUUUCUGCAAACCUUACUUUGGGUUUAAUAGAUUUUGACUGUACGUGCGAGUCUGAAUUAACACAAAGUAAGGACCUUGGAAAUACAGAAUUGAGAAGUAAUGAUUUCUGUCUAGAGCACCAAAGGGAAGAAAAACAUAAGCUGCCUAAUACAUCAGUUUAUCAAAUGUCAUCUGAGUCAGACUUCAGUCCAGUUCAUAGAAGAACAGAUUUUUUUGAAGAAUGCCAACCUGCCUUGGAGGAUUCUAGUCUUAGCGUAUGUACAUCAGAAGAAGGAAUCAACAUGGAUGACCCAUUGCAAAGCACAGUGUUAUCUACUGUUAGUAUUGGUUAUGGCUCGCUGAGUUCUUCGGGAAUUGAGCUAUCGAGGGAAACGUUUAAUGUGUCCAUUGAGCUACCAAGGAAGGUUACUUGUGGAGAAGACAAGGCGCUCUACAGUAAUGGAGAUAUAAAGAGAGGUUCUCCAGACUUGAACAAUGAAGGACCCUUGACUACCGAGUCAGAGGCAGAUCACUCAGGAGGAUCGGAUGUAAACAGCAUGGACUCUGUGGAUAGUGGCUGUGCUUUGGGAAAUAGUGAGCAAUUUCAAAAUGUGAAGCAGAAGUCUGAUGCAAAAAAGGCUGACCUUGUGAUAUGGGAGUUUGAAGUGCCAAAGUAUUUGGUUGGCCGAUUAAUUGGGAAACAAGGCAGGUUUGUGAGUUUCUUGAAGCAGUCAUCGGGUGCCAAAAUAUAUAUCUCUACUGUGCCUUAUACACAGGAUAUCCAAAUCUGUCAUUUAGAAGGUUCUCAACAGCAGAUAGACAGAGCUCUGAGUUUAAUCCGAAAGAAGAAAUUCAAGGACUUGAAUCUAACAAACAUAUUUGCACCUCCUCCUCCUCUGAUUCCUCUUCCUGUUGCAUCAUGGCUCACACUCCCAAAUAAUGUCUCAGUGGAAGUAGUUGUGGUUAAUGUAGUGAAUGCAGGGCACAUAUUUGUCCAGCAGCGCACGCAUCCUACCUUUCAUGCACUUUGUGGCUUGGAUCAGCACAUGAGCCUCUGUUACUCACAGCCUGGUGUUCCAACAUUGCCCACACCUGCAGAAGUUGGGAUUCUCUGUUCUGCACCUGCUGGGCCCAGUGUUUGGUGGAGAGCACAAGUAAUGGGCUAUUUUGAAGAUACCGAAGAAGUUGAGAUCCUCUAUGUGGACUAUGGUGGCUACAAUAGAGUCAAGAUUGAUACACUCAGACAAAUCAGG